AUGGAGCAAGCCCCAACAGGAGAGACUCUUGCCAGUCAGGACUCCUCGGCCCAGGCAAGAAAGGUGGAACAGCAGCAGAACAGGGAUCAAGUGCAAAGCACCCUGGAGUUCAGAUGGAAGGAGUUGGCUGCAUUUGGGAGAAACCGCCACUCCUCACUCGAGAGGACGGCUGAAGUGGCAGCAGAGCCAGAGGAGGAAUCACAGGUGCAGAGAGAUCUGCGGAAAGAAGAGGUUCCUCAGGCAGUGCCAAAAGUUUGCUGCCCUCAGCGGCCAGCUCACAGGCAUCUGGAGAAGCUGCUCCAGGAGUUCUCUCGCCAAGGGCACAUCCUGUCCCAGGUGUGCAGCGAGAAGGCAGCGCUGGCACGAGAGAACGCUGCCCUGCAAGCCCAACUGGCAGCCACGGAGCGAGAGCUACGGGGCCUUUCGGAGCAGCUGGGAGAGGCCAGGUCAGAGAAGCAGAGCUUGCAAUGCAGCCUGUUGGAGGCUCAGCAGCAGGUAUCGGAGCUGGAGAUCACCAGGAACCAUCUGGAAGGCCAAGUUCGCACAGCCAUGCAGGCCAAGGAGGUGAUACUUGAGGAUGUGAGGGGCCUUCGUCAGGAGCUGCAAGCUCUAAGAUCUCUCAGCAAGCAGCAAUUGGAAGAAAUGGCUCAGCAGCUCCGCUCUGCAGAAGAGCAGUUCAGCCAGGGUCUGAGACUAUGGCAAUCUGCUCAGGAAGAGGAAAAGAGGAAGCUCCUGCAAGAACAGGAAAGGCAGCUGGAACAACAACGUUUGGAGGCUUGGGAGCAGCUGGAGCAAAGGGAAAACCUGGUGGCAGAGCUCCAGCACCAGGAGGCUACUCUCUUACGAAGGGUGCACCAGCUGCAGCGGAAGCUUAACCAUAGGCAGCGGGAGGUAGAGCUGCUGAGGCAGGAGCUGGAGGAACAGCAGGAAGAUUGGCAGGAUGAGCUGCAGGCAGUGGUGCAGGAAGCUGAGUGGAAGAUGAAGGCAAUGGAAGAGAGACACAAGAAGGAAAUGAAAAGGAUGCAGCAGAUGCUGCAGUACAGGCUGGCAGAGCAAGAGCAGAUGGACGUGGGCGCUGCAGCAGCAUCUUCCAAAGGAGCCUUCCCUCCACAGCCUGAAAACCUGAGCAGGAGCAGUUCGUCCUGCCCAAGGCAGGAGUCAGAGCAGCUGAGAGAGAAGCAUUACCUGAAGCUGCUGAGGAGUGUUGUGAGCGUGGGAGAUCCAGGGAAGAAAUACACUGGAUGGAAACUUAUUGGUAGCGGGGGUUUUGGAACCGUUUAUAAGGCCUUUGACGCUGCCACAGGACAAGCGGUGGCUGUAAAGGAACUUGAUCUCCGGCACCAGGGCUGCGAGGAGGUGUUGAAAGAAAUCCUGGUCAUGAGGGAAUACAAGAACCCAAAUAUUGUCACCUACCUUGAAAGCUACCUUGUUGAUGAGAUUCUCCUGCUGGUCUUGGAGUAUAUGGACGGAGGCUCUUUAGCUAAGGUGAUCCACAUGGAAACGAUGGCUGUAGGACACAUAGCAACGGUCUGCCGGGAGUGCCUGCAAGGCCUGGCCUUCCUUCAUGCCAAUGACGUGAUCCACAGAGACAUCAAAAGUGACAAUAUCCUUCUGGGCCUGGAUGGCUCUGUCAAGUUGGCUGAUUUUGGCCUCUGUGCUGUGCUCAGCCCUGAGCAGAGUAAACCGAGGGGUAUGGUCGGGACCACUUGCUGGAUGGCACCCGAGGUUGUCAGGAGAGAGCCAUACGGCCCCAAAGUGGACAUCUGGUCCCUUGGGAUUGUGGGAAUAGAAAUGGCCAAAGGAGAGGCUCCGUAUAUUUGGGAAACCAGUGCUAAGAUGGAUGUGGACAAGAGAGGCUCUGCCAAGGAACUUCUGGAGGUUUACCUGCUAGCCAAGGAACUGAAGGAUCGCAGUGCUGGGGACAGAGGUCCGCAGUGGGGUUUGGAGAUCACAAUUACAGCAGUCCCUGCCAAGCGCUUCUAG